CAUUUCAUCAUCGUACAUUUCACUCCCAGUUAAACGUCUUAACGUCUUAACCAAGUCAAGUCAAACCAAAACACGGUCACACUGUACGCUUGGUUUGUUACGCGUAUAACGCGACAUCCAUCGCGGAUACCGUUGCUGAGAUGGAUUUUGCCAUCGAGGCUCCUGGUGCCGCUGCACCGUUUUCUGUCGACGAACUCUAUCGAGCUCUCGAAGCAGCACAAUCCUACGAUAACAAUCAACGUCAGGCUGCUACUCAGCAGCUCUCUACAUGGGAAAGCCAGGCGGGUUAUUACCCAACUUUACAGACAAUAUUCCUAAACAAGAAUUUGUCCACACAAGUCCGACUACUUGCCAUCAUCCAGCUCAAGAAUGGCAUCGACCGAUAUUGGCGACUCCAUAAAGUUCACAAUUCAAUCCCGCAAGAUGCACGACAGGUAGUCAGAGAGCAGUUGUUCCAAGGAACUAUCGGUGAAAGCGAAAGACAACUCGCUCAGCUCAACGCUCUCGUUACAGCCAAGAUUAUUCGUAUCGAUUUUCCUAGUGUUUGGCCGACCCCCCUAAACGAUCUCACCCAAAUCCUCAGAGAAAGAAAGGACGGUAAUCAGGUUGAGCUGUACGGCGCCCUAAUGCUUCUUCUCCGUAUUGUAAAGGAGUUGGGCACUGCUCGUCUACGCAAAUCACAGACAACAUUGCAAUCGAUCACACCAGAAAUCGUCUAUGUUCUUUGUGAGAUAUACAAUGCCAAGUUUACGGCAUUCACAUCGUUUCUUGACAAUGGCCCUGGCGACAAGAAUAGCGACGAGGCUUUGCUAGCUAUGGAGAUUAGUCUCUAUGCUCUGAAAACUCUACGUCGACUGUUGUUGGUCGGCUAUGAGUUCCCACACAACGACAAGAAUGUACAAGAUUUCUGGAGUUCAUCACUGGUUCAAUUCCAGACGCUUUUUCGCUUUGUCAAAGAUGGUCCCCCAACCAUCUCCCGCUACGUCGACAUUUUGACGAAACUAUUCAUGCAAUAUACAAAGCUCCAUAUAGAGAUGGCCGAACAGCAUCCUGCUAGCUUUGUCUUAUUGCCAAUUUCUCUAAGACUUGUUAGUUUCUACUGGUCCCUCACGUCGGGGGUCGCCACAGUAUUUAACGAGUUGGUUGGAAUACGCCAUAAUGCAUCCAGCCAAGGAAAGACUAAGAAUGAAGGACCUAUCUUGGAGAAGGUUGCUUUGAAAGGCCUCCUGCUAGUUAGAGCUUGUGUACAAACGGUCUACCGCGGAAAACGUUCAAUCAUAUAUCGUUCGGCGGAAGCCGUGCAAGAAGAGCAACAAGCUAUUGAACGAAUCAAAGUUGAUCUUCUAAAGGAUGAAUUCAUUGUCCAUAUCAGUGAUACUAUCAUCACACACUUUUUACUCUUUCGCCAAGCUGAUCUAGAUGCGUGGGAAGAGGAUCCACAGGAAUGGGAACAGCAGGAAGAGACCCAAGGCAAUGCCUACCAAUGGGAGGUCCGACCCUGUGCCGAGAAGUUGUUCCUAGAUCUCUUACUUCAUUAUAAGAGACUCUUGUUACCAAAGGUCUUAUCCUAUUUUGUCGCAAUCGAGGACCCUCAGACAACCCUAGUAGCAAGGGAGGCAAUAUAUACUGCCAUGGGUUUAUCUUCUUCUGUGAUCCACCAAGAGGUCAAUUUUGAAGGUCUCCUUAAAAAUAUCAUAGUGGCCGAUGCCCAACGAGCCGAACCAUUCUGUCAAGUCCUUAGGCGGAGGAUCGCCAUCUUGCUAAGCCAAUGGGUUCCUGUUCAAUCAACCCCAGAAACUCGCCCGUUGGUUUACAAGAUAUUCUGCCAUUUCUUGAACCCUAACGAUCAGUACAACGAUAUUGUCGUUCGUAUAACUACUGCUCGGCUUUUCAAGGUUGUCUGUGACGAGAUGGGUUUUGACGGGGAAAUAUUCUCUCCGUAUGCUUCGGACGUGCUCGUUCAACUUAUUAAUCUAUUGGGAGAGGUAGAGGUCGACGAGGCCAAGUUGGCCAUACUCGAGUCAACGCGAACCGUUAUCCUACGCAUGGAGACGCACGUGUCUCAUUUUGGUGACAUGAUAAUGGAUGCGAUACCCAACAUAUGGCAAUCACCAGCUGGCGACCUGGGAUUUAUGAUGAAGCAAUCUGUUCUGGCGAUCAUACAGACCCUAGUGAUGUCAAUGAAGACAGAAUCUCAACGGUAUCAUCAGAUGAUACUUCCAUUGGUCGCCGAGGCGACUCAGGAGGGGACCGAGCUCUUUUUAUACCUCAUCGAAGAAGCUCUGGAAUUAUGGUCAAAUAUUCUACAUCAAACCCAACCUCCAAUGUCUCCGGAUCUUCUCCAUCUUAUUCCGACUGCAAUCAAGCUCCUUGGUGAGCAAAAUGAGCACACUGUUACCCUCGUGAGCAUUCUAGGCUGUUAUGUUGUUCUAUCGCCCGAGACAAUUCUUCAAGACCAAUAUCGGGCAGCGACCGUCUCUGUGCUAACGCGUUCGCUUGACUCGAAAAAUCGAGAGCAAGUGAAUCUUGCGGUCAAGUAUUUCGAGUCGCUGAUACGACUGUCUCACGAAUUAGGCGGUACGGCUGGACUAGAAGUGCUCAUUAAAGAUAUGAUGAGCACGGGCGCCCUGCCUUCUAUUUUCGAAGGGAUCCACGACUCUUUCGAAGCCCAUCAGACGUCGGGACCAAAGAAGAAGCAAUCUCGAGUGACGGGGCUCACCCUCGUCGAUUAUUUUGUAAUAUUGUCUCGAAUCGCCGUCCUCGAACCAAAGCUGUUCGUCGAGGUGCUUGCCUCAUUUGGUUCUGUUGACCAGGUCUGGAAGUGGCUCAGCGCAGAAUGGUUUCUCGCAUUUGAUAACAUGGCGGAUUUCAAUCAACAGAAGCUGAAUCUGCUAGCCGUUACGCGUUUUCUCGAAAACCCUCAACCAAUGCUAGAUCUCGCGUUGUCGAAACUGCAAGAUUAUUUUUCGAUGUGGACAAGUGUGCUCGUCUUGCUUUUAGACCUCGAAUCCCCGAACCCUGAGGUUGAUACACUAGUUCUCACCUCCGAGCCGGAACCCACUGUGUGGGACACGCCCAAAGACGUACGAGAACGGGCCUUGUCUGCAUCUGAUCCGGUCAAACGGGUCCAGUCACUCGAUUUUAUACGGCAGACUUUGGAGAGCCUUCCGAACAGAAUCGGAGCGAAGAAUUUCGAAGAGUGGACUGCCAAUGUCGAUAGAGAGAUCUUGGUUAACUUCGCAUCCGUAUCGCGGCUCCCCUUGCCCACUGGUGUGGCCUAGUCCGCCGACAGAGUGGAAGAGCUUAAGACUCGUAUGUCAGACAAGAUGCAAAGGCUCUGGGAACGGAUGUUUCAAAUCGGACAAAGGUCCAGACAGGCGCAAAGUAUGGACACUCAGUACAUGAGGGAUUACAAUGAUGAAGAUUCUGAGGUAUCGAACUUAGCCAGAUUUCAACUGGAGGAUACGAGGCACUGAAUUAGUGAUGACGGUGACGGGAAAUGAACCACCUUUCUAGCCACGAGGUUGAGGCGGGCACUUUGUCAAAUUGCGUUCAUAAGAUACCACAGGAUUUUCAAAGUGAUAGAUACGGGGAAAGGUGGUGGCGGAGAAAUCAACACAGAAGUCCCGUGGUAUUAACCCGCGGACAUUGAUCCUUGCUUCGUUGCUGGUCUUAGGGAGGUAGCUGCUUUCGAUUCUAGCUACCCCAGGAUAUCGACCUGUAGCUAUGGAAGAUAGGAAAUCACGAAGAGCUAUUGACCCUA